ACCCCCCCAUCCAAGUCUGUGGCGCUUCUGAGUCUUGGACUGGUCUCUUUUAAAGAGAGGGGCAGCUCGGUGUGAGAUCCAAGUGAGGGAAAGGGGCGCACUGUUUGGGACUGGUUCAACGCUCUGACUCACCAUGCGGGAUCUGGCCAUCGAGAUCGGGGUCCGAGUACUCCUCUUUGGGGUCUUUGUAUUUACAGAGUUUUUGGACCCAUUCCAGAGAGUCAUUCAGCCAGAAGAGAUCUGGCUUUAUAAAAAUCCAUUGGUGCAAUCAGACAAUAUACCAACACGCCUCAUGUUUGCAAUCUCUUUUCUCACACCCCUGGCAGUCAUUUUUGUGGUGAAAAUCAUCCGGCGAACUGACAAGACUGAAAUUAAAGAGGCCUUUUUAGCGGUUUCCUUGGCUCUAGCUCUGAAUGGAGUCUGCACAAAUACUAUUAAAUUAAUAGUUGGAAGACCUCGUCCCGAUUUCUUUUACCGCUGCUUUCCAGAUGGAGUAAUGAACUCUGAAAUGCACUGCACAGGUGACCCUGAUCUGGUGUCUGAGGGCCGAAAGAGCUUUCCCAGCAUCCACUCUUCCUUUGCAUUUUCAGGCCUGGGCUUUACAACCUUCUACUUAGCUGGGAAGUUGCACUGUUUCACAGAGAAUGGGCGUGGGAAAAGCUGGCGACUCUGUGCAGCGAUCCUGCCUUUGUACUGUGCCAUGAUGAUCGCCCUGUCGCGCAUGUGUGAUUAUAAGCAUCACUGGCAAGAUUCCUUCGUGGGUGGAGUAAUUGGCCUCAUUUUUGCUUAUGUUUGCUACAGACAGCACUACCCUCCUUUGGCUAACACAGCUUGUCAUAAACCUUAUGUCAGUCUUCGAAUUCCAAGCUCCCUGAAGAAAGAAGAGAGGCCUACUGCAGAAAAUGCUUCUGGGAUGCCACUGGAGGGGAUAACAGAAGGACCAGUAUGACGGGUGCACAAGUACAUUGAGACAGUUUAGCCCGCGUCACAUUCUCUAUCUUUCCCCCCUUAUAACAUCAUAGAAAAGAUUUCUUAUAAUAUGUUUUUCACCUGUUGUUUUCUAAAGUUAUCCUUUGAAUGAUCUCCUUCUUGCUUCCAUUUGGCAUUUGGAGUCUGCGCUGUUUGUUUGAGAUAUCUAUUUUCAAUUUAAUUGAGUUGGCAAACAAAAACAAAAACAAAAAGAAAGUUUGUUUUUUUUUAAAGGGAGGAAAAAGCAAGCAAACAAACAAAAACCUAGUACAGGUGUUAAAGAAAGCAUCCAAGUACGACUGUGCUGUCAGCUGCACUUGGCCAACUCCUUUCUUUAAAUGUAAUGGCAACAUUUCUUGUGUUUUCAUGCUUGUAAAACAAUAAAAUCUCCACCAGAAAUAUCCUGUAUGGCAGCACUCUUCUGAGCUAAUAAGGACAACUUUGUACUUUAGAAAGACCUGGAUAGUCCACCUCUGGCACGAGACCCACUUUAUCCUUCAGUAGUCGGAUGUCUAUUCUACCACAUGAAACCUUGGAAGGUUUCUGAGUCAUCAGAUUGUGACAGAGUCUGUUUCUCAGACGGACUAGAAAAUCUUUGCUUUGGUCUCAGCAUUUUCAGGGCUCUGUGAGCCAUUAACUUCAGAAGAAAGUGGUAUGGUGUAACUUCAAGAGUAGAUCACCAGCUGUAAUUAAAAAAAAAAGUAUGGACUAAUGAGGGGGAGGGGGAACCUCUGUUUUCUAGGGCUGCCAGUUUUUCAGAAUCCUGCACCCAAUAAUCUGGUACCUGAAAUGUCUUAUUUACUAGGUCAAGAUGCCAGUAACUGAUGUCACAGCUCCCUAUAACCCUUUUCAGGAACUGCUGAUUUGUGCAACCAUGCCGAACACAGUAGUAUGAUUCCUUCUUGUCCAUUUUACUGAAUAAAAACAGAGCCUUAAGGGAAAACUGAGCCAGGAGCUCAAGGUCACCAAAUAAGAAUGAGGCAGGUUUGGUAUCACCAUAGCCUGCCUUUGAGUUCUGAGUUCUCUGUAAUACUCUAUGCCUUCCCAGAUAUAAGGGACCCCCGACAGGACAACUAGUUUGUGUUUCCUAUUCAGUGGGGGUGUUUCAGAAUGGUAAUAAGUCAAGCAACAGCCUAAGUGAAGCAUUUGGAUUCCUCCAUUUCCCUUUUUUCACUUUUCAGCAUUGUCUAGGCACAGCAGACCAUGUAUAUACUUGAUAAUAGAGCAGAAUGCUAAUCCUUAACCAUUUUUUAAAGAGAUACUAUUCCACUCAGCUAAGUACAUUUUGGGGCAUACUUUGUGGCUCCUAUAACCAUGAAAUGUCAGUGAAACCAUUAAUGUCCAAAAGAAUGUCACUUUCCAGUAGUUGGCUAAACAAGCUAUGUUUUCAAAAGACCUAAGCAGAUUUAUAAAUUGAUCCUUGACAGUGGGACAAGAUACUGUCUCAAUCAGCUGGCUGGAGGGCUCAAGAAGGAUUUGCUCUCCACUGCCUGCUCUGGCCUUUAAACUAACUAGAAUGCAUUGGCUGAACAAGCCAUGUUAGGUGGAAACUGUGCUGCUAAAUUGUGGCCUUCUUCAUAUGCAUCACAUCUGUAGCCAUGUGGUGAGAUGAGAAUUCCUCUCAGAAUGAGACUCCUUGUAAUUAACUGACUUUGGUCUGAAAUCAAUCGAGUCAAUUCUUCAAAAUAUUUUCUCCAUCACAAUAGAAAAGAAUUUUAGAAACCAAAAGAAAGCAAUACUCAGAGCAAUUUAUUUAGGACAAAUAUCUUGAAAACCACAAGACUGAAUAACUACAUUCUGAUGCAACAAGAAACAGGUUGGUGUCCUGGUUAGAGUGGGCUUUGGCAUCAGGAAGACCUGGAUUCAGAUCCUGCUGGUGACACAUUCUAGCUAAGGAACUAUGGGAAAGUUAUUUAACCUCUCAGUGCUCCUAAGUGACUCUGUAAGACUAUAAAUGAUAGGUGAGUUGCUGAUAUGCAUUGGUGGAGGGAGUUUUCACAGAGGAUGAUGAAAUCCUUCCCUCUUCCUCUCAGAAAUUUUUAAAAAUUACGUUCAAGUUUUAUGAAGCAAAGGAUAUUUGAUUUGAUUUUUCAAUUGUAUGUGGCCAGCAGAAAUUAAUCUGGGAUUUUGGAUCAAGGACCAUGAGGGCUGAGGUCUAGUGAACAAUGCCCCCUUACUUAGCAGGGACGUGAAAGAUUUAUAAUGCAAUUAAAGAGUGAAGGUACAUGCAGCCUACUUAUAUUUUGGAUGAAUGGUCAAAAAGGAUUUGAAAGCCAGCAAAGAAUCAAGACUUUUAAUGGACAUCAUUAAAUGGAAAGUCUUCAAAAAGGCCAUGUUAGAGUUUGAUUAAAGAGCAAUUAAAGUUCCAAUGAGCAUAAUAACAGGGAACUUCAAGAAGGAUCAUUAGGAGCAAUCAUUACCAGCCCAAGCCAGCAUAGAAAAGGCAAAUUUGUGGCUCUAUGUAUUUUAAUUUCAUGCUCUAUUAAUGCGAAGGAAGUGUAAUGCUGUGUGCACCAAUA